AUGUCUCAUAGAAACCAAGAUAAAUUUGGAGCAGUUUUACUUCAGGUUCAAGAUGAUUUGAGUCAACUGAGAGGUAAUCUAGAGAAAAUCCAUCUCAGUGAGAGAACCACACUGGACCUCCAAGCCCUGGACGACGCCAUUCGCAAGACAGAGAACAGCAUCAAGAAACACGCUGAAGAUUAUUUGAAAACAGUGACUGAGCAGCUGCUGGUUCUUCCAUGCAUUGAAGACAUUCACAAAAAGGCCGUGCAGAUUCCCAAAUGGAAACCUGAUCUGGACAGUUUCCCAGAUAUGCCUCCACAAAGGGAAGUCCUGCCAGUAGCAUCUCAGAGGGAAAAGCACAAGUCAACGUUAUCCAUGCAUUCGCUUUGGAAUCCGGCUUACUCAAACAACAGAGCUAUUAUGUACAGGAAAAGUGGGACAUCACUUCCCGAUGUCCACAAGAGAACAAAUCACCUGGCAAAACAUCCCAGAAUGAUCGCUGGCCCUGCAGGGAGACUGAAACCAUGGCCAAGGGGCAAUCACAACCUGGCUGUACUUGAGGACGCCACAGGGACACUGCCAGAUACAAGUUCUCUCUAUAUGUCGAUCCAGCACAAGGCUGCUUCUCUUCACCCAAGACAGGAGCCAUAUUCUUGUAAGACAGGUCUGAUGGGCUCAAAGUCUCUGUGUCACAAGCAGCUGAAAUGGGAACAAACACCUGGAUACACCUGCGAAGAAACAGAUAGCAAAUGCACAACAUUCUGCACCACCAGGACACCGCCUCCCUCCACAUCCUCACAGAGCAUGGAGCACAGGAGUAUGAUGCAAGCCGCCAACAAUCUUCUCAGUAAAAAUCAUCAGAAUUUACUUGUGCCAGUUCCUGUAAAUAUCAGCAAAUACCCCUUCACCAUCACAGAGGGGAGGAUGGAUCCAUUGGCAGCUGAUUUCUGUCUCUUCAAGCAGAGCUUCAGCUCGGGUUGGAGUAGUGUGGUUCAUGCUCUGGAGGCCCUGGAGAAGCUGCUCAGGGACUUUGCUGUGCCUAUGGCCAAAGUGAGUGGGGAGCGACUGGUGGAUUUCUCCCGUGGUUGGGACUGUGGUUGGAGAACCGCUCGUCCAGUGAUUGGCCUCGUCUCAGUGCUCGAGAACUGGGAGGAGGUGUUGGGUCUGGUAUCACGCCCAGGUCAGCGCUUCAAGGGAGAAGGAGGCAUCGAGGCAGCUGCCAUCCACAUCCAGUCCUGCUGGAGGCACUGUGUGGCCCGGACAGCCUACCUGCGCCACUGCCGCCGCAAGUGGGCGGCGGGCACCAUCUCCAUCUCAUGGUUGAUGCGCUCUCAGAUGCUGAGUGUCAGGAAGGCCCUGCAGGCUCGACGUCUCAGACAGCUGGAGAGUCACCGCAGCAGAGCGCAGAAUCUGGCAGCCAACUGGAAACACAUCCAGUCCUCCAAGAGAACCAUUAUCCACAUCCCUUCAUUAGGAUACUCGCCGAGUCAGCGGCUGAACUUGAGGGAGUUUGACACCCGACAGAACAUCCAGAUAAACAGGCUGUGUGAUAUCAGAGACAAAAAUGUGGAGGUGAUCUAUGUUUGCCCUCGGCAUCUGGGGGAGGACAUCUUGCACUAUUACACCAGCCUCCUGGUGCGUGAUGGAGCCACAGACGGGGCUGAACACAGAACUACUGAGGCCUCAUCCUCCGUCAGGCCCUUUAUCAUCCUCACACCUGAGGCUGUAGAUUAUUUCCCGACCCGUAACAUGUGCCUGUCCACGCUCCUAAAGUACAGUCCACGCACCCUAAAGCGCAUAAGACACCUGAUCCAGGGGAAGCAGGCCUAUAUUGUGGGUGGAGUGGCCCAUGUGGAUGACCUGGCAGUGGCUGAUGAGCUGGGAGUGCCCAUCCUGGGUCCAGAACCAGCUAUUGCACAACUCUACAGCACCAAGUCUGGGGGGCGCAGGAUCUUCAAGGGAGCAGAGGUUGAUGUUCCCCCUGGUCAAGGAGACAUCUACACACUAAACAAGCUUCAUGAAGCACUGGCAGAGAUUAUGACUCAAAACUUGGGUGUGCAGCGCUGGCUCUUCAAGAUCGACUCGGAGCACAGUGGCCGUGGUACAGCAUACUGUGAUGUUUGCCAUCUGAGCUGCUACAGUUGGACGCUGCAGGAAUACCGUCGCCAUGGUGUCGAGCUGUGGAACACAAAAUGGAUUCAGGAGUCUGUUCUGCUCAGAUAUUCAGAUGAGAUCCCAGAGUGGCUGACCCGUUACGCCCGGCCCGCUAAAACCUCCCGCUAUCCCAACUGGGCCUGCUUCCUUAAGACCUUCCUCAGGCAAGGCGGAGUGGUGGAGGCCUACCCUCCAUCAGACAGUGUCACCUGUCUGACAGUAGAUCUGCUCCUGGAGCCCGGGGGCGAGGUGGCCGUGUUGUCCUGUGGAGACCAGCUUCAUGGCUCCUGUCAACUGGAAGCGAUAGGCUGCACUGUUCCUCAGACCUCUGUACACCCAGAGACCCUGCACUCCAUCUGCACGCGCGUGGGCCGGGCCUGUCUGCAGCGCUGCAUCGUGGGUCAUGUCUCCGUGGACCUGGCUACUUUCCUGAACCAGGACACCAUGGAGCAGGAGGUGUGGGCUACUGAUCUGGACCUCACAUACAGUGACCAGCUGGCCAUGACCCAGAUGCUUCUGAUGAGGACUGGAGGAACGUUGAAUUGCCACACAGGCUGUUUAGAAGGGCCAGUCGGGGAGAAAUACUCUGAAGACCAACCCGCAGCCAAAAGUGCUGUGGUGAAUCGUUAUGCAGUUCUCGGGAGCCACUUGUUUCACUCUAACCUUUCCAUGUUGUACCACAAUGUGUUCCUUAUGAUGUGCAGGGCUCAUGGCAUAAGAUUUAACAUGAAGAGGAAGGAAGGUACCGUCUUUGCUCUUUAUGACAGCAGUGAGCGAUGCAGGAUUGGAAUGAUAACGGUCUCCGAGGAUCUCCAGGGAGCUCUGGUGACCUUUGCUCGGAAUCUGUCAGUCAUUCAUCAGGAAAUAUCAUCUUCUAAGAUGCAAGAGGAAACCAAUUUCAAGGAGCUGACCAAGAACAUAGAGGACGUGCUGCAGACAAUUGUUCAGAACAAGCUGCGAGCGGUGAAGGAUAAACCGGCCGCUUAG